AUGGGUGAUAUGACCAACAGCGACUUUUACUCCAAAAACCAAAGAAAUGAGUCAAGCCAUGGGGGCGAGUUCGGGUGCACCAUGGAGGAGCUGCGCUCCCUCAUGGAGCUGCGGGGCACCGAGGCUGUGGUCAAGAUCAAGGAGACAUAUGGGGACACUGAAGCCAUCUGCCGGCGCCUCAAAACCUCGCCUGUUGAAGGUUUGCCGGGCACUGCUCCAGACUUGGAAAAGAGGAAACAGAUUUUUGGGCAAAACUUCAUACCUCCAAAGAAACCAAAAACCUUCCUGCAGCUGGUGUGGGAAGCGCUACAGGACGUGACACUCAUCAUCCUGGAGAUUGCAGCCAUCAUCUCCCUGGGACUGUCCUUCUACCACCCACCGGGAGAGAGUAAUGAAGGAUGUGCCACAGCCCAGGGCGGGGCAGAAGACGAAGGCGAAGCAGAAGCAGGCUGGAUUGAGGGGGCUGCCAUCCUGUUGUCAGUCAUCUGUGUGGUCCUUGUCACAGCCUUCAAUGACUGGAGUAAGGAGAAACAGUUCCGGGGCCUGCAGAGCCGAAUUGAGCAGGAGCAAAAGUUCACCGUAGUCCGGGCUGGCCAGGUGGUCCAGAUCCCUGUGGCUGAGAUCGUGGUCGGAGACAUCGCCCAGAUCAAAUAUGGUGACCUUCUUCCUGCUGAUGGCCUCUUCAUCCAGGGCAAUGACCUCAAGAUCGACGAAAGUUCACUCACAGGGGAAUCUGACCAGGUGCGCAAGUCUGUGGAUAAGGACCCCAUGUUGCUAUCAGGAACCCAUGUGAUGGAGGGCUCAGGACGGAUGGUGGUGACUGCUGUGGGUGUGAACUCUCAGACUGGCAUCAUAUUUACCCUGCUUGGGGCUGGUGGUGAAGAAGAAGAGAAAAAAGACAAAAAAGGUAAAAUGCAGGAUGGCAGUGCCGACAGCAGCCAGAGCAAAGCCAAGCAGCAGGAUGGGGCAGCUGCUAUGGAGAUGCAGCCUCUGAAGAGCGCAGAGGGCGGCGAUGCAGAUGACAAGAAGAAAGCCAACAUGCACAAGAAGGAGAAGUCGGUGCUUCAGGGCAAGCUCACCAAGCUGGCUGUGCAGAUAGGCAAGGCAGGCCUGGUGAUGUCGGCCAUCACGGUGAUCAUCCUGGUGCUCUACUUCACGGUGGACACCUUCGUGGUCAACAAGAAGCCAUGGCUGACGGAGUGCACACCUGUCUACGUACAGUACUUUGUCAAGUUCUUCAUCAUCGGUGUGACGGUGCUGGUGGUCGCUGUGCCCGAGGGCCUCCCUCUGGCUGUCACCAUCUCACUGGCCUAUUCUGUGAAGAAAAUGAUGAAAGACAACAACCUGGUGCGCCACCUGGAUGCCUGUGAAACUAUGGGCAACGCCACAGCCAUCUGCUCAGACAAGACAGGCACGCUGACCACCAACCGCAUGACCGUGGUACAGGCCUAUGUCGGCGACGUGCACUACAAGGAGAUCCCUGAUCCCAGCUCCAUCAAUGCCAAGACGCUGGAGCUGCUGGUCAACGCCAUUGCCAUCAACAGCGCCUACACCACCAAGAUCCUCCCCCCAGAAAAAGAGGGCGCCCUGCCCCGGCAGGUGGGCAACAAGACAGAGUGCGGCCUGCUGGGCUUUGUGCUGGACCUGAGGCAGGACUACGAGCCAGUGCGCAGCCAGAUGCCGGAGGAGAAGCUGUAUAAGGUGUACACCUUCAACUCCGUGCGCAAGUCCAUGAGCACCGUCAUCAAGAUGCCUGACGAGAGCUUCCGCAUGUACAGCAAGGGUGCCUCGGAGAUUGUGCUCAAAAAGUGCUGCAAGAUCCUCAGUGGGGCAGGGGAGGCCCGUGUCUUCCGGCCCCGAGACAGGGAUGAGAUGGUUAAGAAGGUGAUCGAACCCAUGGCCUGUGACGGGCUCCGUACCAUCUGUGUGGCCUACCGUGACUUCCCCAGCAGCCCUGAGCCUGACUGGGACAAUGAGAAUGACAUUCUCAAUGAACUCACGUGCAUCUGCGUGGUGGGCAUCGAAGACCCAGUGCGACCUGAGGUCCCAGAAGCCAUUCGCAAGUGCCAGCGGGCAGGUAUCACAGUCCGCAUGGUCACUGGUGACAACAUCAACACAGCCCGGGCCAUCGCCAUCAAGUGCGGCAUUAUCCACCCUGGAGAGGACUUCCUGUGCCUGGAAGGCAAAGAAUUCAAUCGGAGGAUCCGCAACGAGAAGGGGGAGAUUGAACAGGAGCGGAUUGACAAAAUCUGGCCAAAGCUGAGGGUGCUGGCUCGCUCCUCGCCCACGGAUAAGCACACCCUGGUCAAAGGCAUCAUCGACAGCACACACACUGAGCAGCGGCAGGUGGUGGCUGUGACGGGGGACGGGACCAACGACGGGCCUGCUCUCAAGAAGGCAGAUGUGGGCUUCGCAAUGGGCAUUGCAGGCACAGAUGUGGCCAAGGAGGCCUCUGACAUCAUCCUGACAGACGACAAUUUCAGCAGCAUCGUCAAGGCAGUGAUGUGGGGCCGUAAUGUCUAUGACAGCAUAUCCAAGUUCCUGCAGUUCCAGCUGACUGUCAAUGUGGUAGCUGUGAUCGUGGCCUUCACAGGCGCCUGCAUUACACAGGACUCCCCUCUCAAGGCUGUACAGAUGCUCUGGGUGAACCUCAUCAUGGACACGUUUGCCUCCCUGGCCCUGGCAACAGAGCCGCCCACCGAGACUCUGCUCCUGAGGAAACCUUAUGGCCGCAACAAGCCGCUCAUCUCACGAACCAUGAUGAAGAACAUCCUGGGCCAUGCUGUCUACCAGCUCACCCUCAUCUUCACCCUGCUCUUCGUAGGUGAGAAGAUGUUCCAGAUCGACAGUGGAAGGAACGCCCCUCUGCACUCACCACCCUCGGAGCACUACACCAUCAUCUUCAACACCUUCGUCAUGAUGCAACUCUUCAAUGAGAUCAACGCCCGCAAGAUCCACGGCGAGCGCAACGUCUUUGACGGAAUCUUCCGGAACCCCAUCUUCUGCACUAUCGUCCUUGGCACUUUCGCCAUCCAGAUAGUGAUCGUGCAGUUUGGCGGGAAGCCCUUCAGCUGCUCCCCACUCCAGCUGGACCAGUGGAUGUGGUGCAUCUUCAUAGGCCUGGGAGAGCUUGUCUGGGGCCAGGUCAUCGCCACCAUCCCCACCAGCAGGCUCAAGUUCCUGAAAGAGGCAGGGCGGCUAACACAGAAGGAGGAGAUCCCUGAGGAGGAGUUAAACGAGGAUGUGGAGGAGAUCGACCACGCAGAGCGGGAGCUUCGCCGUGGCCAGAUCCUGUGGUUCCGAGGCCUGAACCGCAUCCAGACACAGAGAGAUCCCCCUGAGAGGAUAGGGGUGGUUAUGAGGGCUAAGAUUGAAGUAGUCAAUACUUUCAAGAGCGGGGCCUCCUUCCAGGGGGCCCUGCGGAGACAGUCCUCCGUCACCAGCCAGAGCCAGGACCUGGGCGUGAGUGUGAUUCCUUACGGCCUCCGCUGGCACUGCCAACGCCAGCUCCUGGGCGGGCAGGCGGGCAGGGGCCGGGUUCCAGAGAACAUGAUCCGCGUCGUGAAGGCGUUCCGUAGCUCUCUCUACGAAGGGUUAGAAAAACCCGAGUCUCGAACCUCCAUCCAUAACUUCAUGGCUCAUCCUGAAUUCCGGAUCGAAGAUUCCCAGCCCCACAUCCCUCUCAUCGAUGACACCGACCUGGAAGAAGAUGCCGCGCUCAAGCAGAACUCGAGCCCGCCGUCCUCGCUCAACAAGAACAAUAGCGCCAUCGACAGCGGGAUCAACCUGACGACCGACACGAGCAAAUCAGCUACCUCUUCAAGUCCAGGGAGUCCCAUCCACAGCCUGGAGACGUCGCUUUAG